AGCCUCCCCGGCUCGAGGGGGAGCUCAUGACGGCUCGGGGCUGGCCCGCGCCAGCCGCCGACGCGGGGGCGCCGGGACGCCCCGGACGCCCCGGGGCCCUCGCAUGGCGUGCCGCAAUCGGCUUCGCCUCUUGCUAGCGGUACCCGCGCUGCUCGCAGCGCAGGCGGGCGAGACGGCCGGCCCGGAUGCUCACCUGCGGCCUGCGGGCGGCCUGCGGCCGGCUGGCGGCGGCCGCGUCAGCGCGCAGGUCAGCCGCAGGUGGAGGCUGUCGCAGCACGACCCCUCCCCCUCCACGUUCUGCUGGUCGCUGGUGUCGCCAGGCGGGCCUGGGGCGGCGCUCCUGCCGCACCUGCGCCAGGAGGGGCUCGGACUGUUUGCGUGCGACGAGCACCUGGUCAUCAGCAACCUGUCGGCCUCGGAGAUGUUCGGCGCACUCUCGGACCGCAUCUCGUCCGCGGUGCUGGAGGCAGAUCUGGACGUGCCCGUGGCGGGGCGGUACAAGACCGCGCUCAACGGGGACCUCUUCCUGAAGGCCUGGCACCUGGUCUUCAGGGACGGUCGCUACCGGAGCCACGACUGGACGAUCAAGGUGGACUCGGAUGCCGUGAUUGUCCCAGUCCGGUUGAGGCAGCUCCUCAGGCGUCACUGCAGGGUCGAGGCCUGCGCCCCCAAGCUCCUGGCGAACUUCGGCCGCGACCUGCACGGAGCCGUGGAGGCGCUCUCCCGUGGAGCGGUAGACCUCUACGCGGAGGGUGUUGGCCGGUGCGUCGUCGAGAUAGGCUGCUCCGACAAGGGCGAGGAUUGGUUCCUGAGCCUCUGCCUGGACCUGAUCGGUGUGCGCAUGGAGAGCGAGCCGGGCUUGCUGAGCGGCCGGCACGACGACCACCGCAGCGACUGCGACGCCGUCCACGCGGCUUUCCAGCCGUUCAGGACAUGGGCCGAGCACAGAAGAUGCCUGUGCCAGACAGGCUUCGACUCGCCCGUGUGCGACUCGCCAGAGCCGGCGCGCGAAGCGCCAGCGGUGGGGGAGCCCGGCGCGCAGGCAACGGCGGCGCCGGUCACAGCUUCGACGACGUCGGAAGCUGGCUCCGUGAUCCGCGCCACGCAGGUGGCCACGACCACGCCAGGUCUCCCUGCGGCCACCCCUGGGGCUGCCGCCACGACGAGCGCCCCGUGGAUAUCCUGGCUGCAGGAGGGCGCCCCGCGCCGGGAGCGGGAGCGAGGCCUGAUGCGCGGCGUCGGGGUCGUGCUGCCGCGCCCGCGGCCACGGCCGCCGCCGACGAACGGCGGCGCCGUGGCGCCGCCCGGCACUGCGCUGGGCCUGGCUGCCGCUGCUGCGCUCACCGCGCUGGCGGCCCUCGCGGGCUGCCACCUGAGGCGGACGAGCGAGCCGUCCGCGCUGCGCGCGGCCCAGGCCAGGGAGCUGACGGCGGGCGGCAGCUACCAGGCGGCGCCGCCAGAGCGCGGCUGCUGGCCCGUAGUCGAAGAGCCGGCCGAAUGAGCGGGCUCCGAAUUCAGCCGCGCUCGUGAGGGAGCUGACGGCAGGCGGCAGCUACCAGGCGGCGCCGCCAGAGCGCGGCUGCCAGCCCGCAGUCGAAGAGCCGGCCGAAUGAGCUCGAAGAACGCAAAACGGCAUGAACACAAUUUUCGGAGGUCCGCGCGGAGUUCUUGGAUCGGCGCUGGGCCCGCGUCAGGGGCGGCGCCGGAGGCGCCGCCAGGGGGGCCCCAGUGCCGAUCCAAGAACUCCGCGCGGACCUCCGAGACAUGAUGUUUGUGCCGUUGUUUGUUCCGCUGCGAGCGGGCUCCGAAUUCGGCCGCUCGCGAUCCCUCGCCGAGUGGCCUCGCGGCGCAAAGCGCCCAGGCGGCAGCGCCGCGUUCACGCAGGCCGCGCGCGCUCGCGGCGCGGCCAGGUGCUGGCCGCGCCCUGUCCUCUCGUUUCCGCCCCUCCUUCCGCCCCGCUCCUCCGCCUCUCCCUCCCGCGCGAGGGCGACGGGAUCUGCGUAUACGGUCUGGAGCCGUCUGGGGGUCUUGGCCCUUUGCGGCUUCUGGGGGCCGUUCUCGGGUUCGCCCUGGGGCCCUCAGAAACGCGUACGGUGGUUGUUCACGGCGGACACGGCGGCUCGCACCGCGCCUUCCAGGUCCCCCGUUCAAGGUCGGGACGAAACGAGCCCCCUUUCAGACGUGCGUGCCCAUGCCGCCUCGCCUGGGCGGAUAAAAG